UCAGUCUGUAAAUGAUGCUCUUCGAGUGUAGAACGCCGCGUCAGUGAGCACCAUUAGUUUACCAAUGAGCGUCAAAUAAAUUAUCGUUACUAACGAUUAAAAUACUGUAACAUAAUGACUUCUGAAGAAAGAUUGAUAACAGAAGUUCCCAGUAGUUUAAAACAAUUGGCUAGGCUUGUAGUAAGAGGUUUUUAUACAAUAGAAGAUGCUCUUAUCGUUGAUAUGCUUGUCCGAAAUCCCUGUAUGAAGGAAGAUGAUAUAUGUGAUUUGCUUAAAUUUGAUAGAAAAAUGUUAAGAGCUAGAAUCACAGCUUUGCGCAACGACAAAUUUAUUCAAGUGAGAUUGAAAAUGGAAACUGGAUCAGAUGGGAAAGCACAAAAAGUUAAUUAUUAUUUUAUAAACUAUAAAACAUUUGUAAAUGUAGUCAAAUAUAAAUUGGAUCUUAUGAGAAAAAGAAUGGAAACUGAAGAACGAGAUGCUACUAGCAGAGCUAGUUUUAAAUGUAAUAGUUGUUUAAAGACUUUUACAGAUUUGGAAGCAGAUCAACUUUGUGAUAUGGAAACUGGAGAUUUUAGAUGUACAUAUUGUAGAGAAAUAGUUACUGAAGAUGAGUCUGCUAUUCCAAAAAAGGAUUCAAGAUUAUUACUAGCCAAAUUUAACGAUCAGUUAGAGCCAUUGUACAUUUUGUUGCGAGAAGUUGAAGGAAUCAAAUUGGCUCCAGAAAUUUUGGAGCCUGAACCUGUAGAUAUAAACACAAUCAGAGGUAUUGACUCAAAGAAAUCAAAUAAUAUGCGCGGUUCUAAUGAUCAAUGGUCUGGAGAAGCUACAAGGUCAUCAGGAUUUGCUGUCGAAGAUACAAGAGUUGAUGUUUUGAUAGGAGAUGAUAUACAAGAUGACAGUGUUAAUAAGAAGAAAGAAAGACCAAUCUGGAUGCUGGAGAGUACAAUAACUUCUGAUUCUUUGCAGAAUGACCUAACAAAUACUCAAGACAGUAUAUUAGAUGAAGCAGCCGCAGCUGCAAACUCGAAUGCCACAAAUAACAAACAAGGUGAAGAUAUAAUGUCAGUACUUUUAGCUCAUGAAAAGAAAGGAGUUAACGCGACUGCUGUAAAGACUGUACUUGGUCAAGAGUCUAGUGAUAGUAGUGAUAUGGAAGAUAACGGCGAUAGGCACCAGAUCGAGCAGGAGGAUGUCGAAAAAAUGGUCUCUGAAGAUGACGAUGACGUUCCAUCCGUUAAAGUGAAUGGCAAAUCUGUACCAAUAACAGAUGUUUUAACGAAUCCCGCACUUGCUGAAGCAAUGACUGCAGCAGAAAGAAUCGAAUAUAGUCGAGCUUAUCAAGAAUACUGUGAAGAUGAAUAAAUGUGAAUGAGAAAUUGUGUAAUAUUUUGUAUAAUAAAAG